AUGGCACACCUCUCCACAUACGCCGCCGACUUUUCGGUCACGCGGCAAAAGGCCAUCGAGGAUGCAAAGAAGAUGCAAGUCGUGGUCCAAGAGGAGUGCAACAAGGCCGGGCAAGAAGUCCCUCCAUACCUGCUACGGGAGCUAAUCGGCAAGGGGAGCUUCGGCCGGGUCUACAAGGCAUUGGAUGGGCAGACGAGCCGGGUCGUUGCGGUCAAGAUCAUCGACAUCGAAGAGUCUGAUACCCUGAAUCCCAAACUCGCCGACACGUACUCGGAGUUCCUCAAGGAGGUCAACGCCCUCAAAUUGCUUAGCGAGGGCGGCGCAAAGAACAUCAACCAUGUCCUCGACGCUCUACCUGUGGGGCAGUCCAUGUGGAUGGUGUGCGAGUAUUGCGCUGGCGGUAGCGUGGCCACGUUGAUGAAGCCGACAGCACCGGGAGGUCUUCAGGAGAAAUGGAUCAUCCCGAUCCUGCGGGAAGUCGCCGAGGCCAUCUUCUGGGUCCACAAGGCUGGUAUUAUACACCGUGAUAUCAAGUGUGCCAACGUGCUCAUCACAGAAGCCGGUGGGGUCCAGCUUUGUGACUUUGGCGUGUCGGGCGUGAUAGAGACCAGAUUCGACAAGCGGUCUACCUUCAUAGGGACACCACACUGGAUGGCUCCAGAGCUCUUUGACACGUCGACGUCUUACGGAGUCGAGGUUGAUAUCUGGGCCUUCGGAUCUAUGGUUUUCGAAAUCGCCUCCGGUCUACCACCAAACGUUAUGGCAGGAAUCGAUGUCACACAACUGGGCAGCUAUCUCAAACAGCACACUCCAACGCUCCAAGGAGACAAGUACUCAGAAAAACUCAAAGACCUUGUGUCCUUCUGUCUGGUGGAGGAUCCGACCAAGAGACCUAUCAUCGAGGAAGUUCAGCACCAUCCCUACCUGUUCAAUACGGAGAGCACGCAUCCAACUUCAUCAUUAGCCAUGCUGGUAAAGGCUUUCAGGGUGUGGGAAUCGCAAGGCGGUAGCCGGAAGUCGUUGUUCGCGUUAGGAGGCGCCCAAGGGCCCUUCGAUUCCGAAUUGGCUUCCACCGCAAUGGCAAACGAUGAAUGGAAUUUCAGCUCGACUGUCGAUUUCGACCAGUCCGUCAUGAGUAAUACAGACGCACAAGCUGUUUACGAUGUAUAUGGUUCUCAGGUGGACCUCACAGAUCUCGGAGAGCCUACUCCUCAAGCAUUCAAACCCAAGCGGCGACGGCCACCACCAAACCUUCCGGUCAUAAGGGCGCCACUGGAAAAAGUGUUUGACCCCAACACAAUAUCGAACUAUGAAGAGAACGCCCGGGUCUACUACGGGAGGCCUAUGCUACCACCAGCUUCGGACUUACCCCUGCGGGACGACUCACACAACGCGACAGUGAGAGAGUCUCUGAUCGAUCUUGAUGCGUCGCUCCACGGCGGCCGCCUGUCGAAAUUUGUUGACAUGGAGACCAUCAAGGCUGGCCCACGACGAUCGCGUGAUUACGAAUUCGGAGGCGAGGACUAUGCCAGACAGCCGAACAGCGAUCCGGAGACGGUCAUCGCGUCGAACAGCAGAAAGACGCAGGAGUGGAAGUUCCCCGUCAUGAUGCCGGCUUCUGCCAACCCCGAGAUGUCCCGCUUCCCCUUUCACGAAGAUGGCAGUAGUCAUCCGGGAUCUGCUCGCCCGCCUCUGCAACACCACGCGACGGAGCCUGUCGGCUUCUCACAGGACUACAGUAGCAAUAAUCUUAUGGUUCCGCGCACUAUCUCCCAGCAGGACAACCGCAUCUCGAUGGGCAGCCUGAUCGACCUGGAUGAAAGUCUUCCAGACCCGGUCAUGUCGAGUGACAUCCCACGUCCCUCAACAGCCAACUCGGACGCAGUAUCCGAGGUAGGCAGCGCAUUCGACCUCGAAAGACACACUUCAUACAUCUCGAUGCCCUCGUCCAACCGCGAACCAUCCAUCUACGUCUCGGAUGACUCCAAU